AUGCUGCCAUUUCUUAUCACUAAAUAUUUAAUUGCUUUAACAGUACUCACAACAUUACUAAUGACUGAAACGGAUGCGCAAUUGUUCAAUUUAAAUGUGCUAUCGUUCAAUAAUAACAGAGCAGGCAACAAUUCGUUGAACGCUAAUGGUAACGCAGGAAUUGGAGCUGCUGCUACUACGGAUAGACGUGUUCCGGAAAAUCAAAAUCAGCAAAGUUCGUUUGGCACGUGGCAUACAGCGCUUGGUGCUGGUUUGGGUUUCCUUGCGGGUAGCUAUUUUGGUAGCAGUUCAUCUUCAUCACCCUCGUAUGAAUUAAAUAUUAAAAAACCAGAUGUGUAG